AUGGAUGCCCGCAAACGAGGCCCACGCACCAAACAUGCAGCAGUAGGUCCCUCACGAAAACGAACAAGAAAUUCUAACAUCACGGAUUUAUCCCAGCUUCUACACACACCGGAGGAAAUUGAUCGUUUUCGCACAUUCUACUCGGACAAGCGACUUAUUAUCCCAAAGUAUGGUACUCUAGACUCUUUCUCUGACUUUAAAUUUCCUGCGUUGCUCAAAGCACAACAUGUUGAAGAAUUUAUAGGCUACAAAGGUCCCGUUUAUCCAGAUUUGGUUAGGUUUUUUUAUUGCAAUCUCAUGCAAGAGGGAAAACUGUUAGUCUCUCGGGUUAAGGGUAAAAUCAUCCGUUUAAAUACCAAAACCAUUGGAGAAAUUCUGAAUAUUCCUUUUAAUGGUGAAAAUUUUUGUCCAAACCAAUUAUGUGAAUGGGGUGAUAUUUCUAAGUAUGAUGCGUAUGUCUCCCUCUGUCGAUUUGACCGACGCACCAUGGAACAAAAGAGAGCUCAGGCAGGUCGUCAACUUAAUUGGGCAUUUUUUGUGAAAUCUAUUAUGUUUGGCUCUCGCGAGGCAAUUGGCUUACCCUAUGCAAAGGAAGUUUCACAGAUUUUGGAACACUUUGGUGUGGACUUCUCUGAUGAAGUUAUGUUUACACCCACCAAAGAAAAUAUGCUGGAUUUAGGUGUCUUGCCUAGCAUGCGGAUAAUAUGGAAUGAAGAGCUUGAAGCAUUUGUGCAUAAAGGUGAUCAUGGUCAACCAUCUGAUGAUGCACCGGAGGACAAUGCUGGACCCUCAAACGCGGCUGCUCAAGGAGAUGAAAAUGGCGAGGAAACUAACACAUCACAGAUUCUCAUUCCUCUCAAUGCCGUGAGUAUAGCCGCUGAACCUGUGACCCUUUCGAACCCGUCACCGUCACUCUCAGAGUCGUCACCGUCACUCUCAGAGUCGUCACCGUCCCCCUCUCGAACCUGUCACCUUCACUCUCAGAGUCGCCGUUCAGUGUCGCCGUCGCGCUCUCAUCUGUGGUCGAUUCUCAAUAAUGCGGCUUCUAUGUUAAGCAAUAAUGAAGAGACGUCUGUAGAACAUGAUAAUUCUCUAAACAUUGUUGACACGGCUCAAUUCUCUCUUCAGAUACUUGAUGGCAGUUUCUAUUGCCUGAAGACACUUGAUGGGGAAGGUGGUAUUGUAUCAGGAAUUUUAUCAGCAAUAUUUGUCAUUGAAUGGGGGUGCAAUAUAAGUAAAGCUUUGGAUGAUUCAUUUGAUGACAAAUCAAUGAACAGAAUCAAAGCCAUGCUAUCAUUUGGGGAAUAUGUGUGUGCUUUCCUUAACAAGAUAAAUGUCCAAUUUUUUAAAAGCUUAUGCGUAGAUAACUGCAUGAGGCUGUUGAAUAUCUUAAUUCAGUCAGUCAAGUCUGCGAUAUUUGUAGAAGAUAGACGUGUUAAUUACAGAAUCACAUCAUUAUGCUGUACACGGGUGCUUGAAGUUCUUGAGCGUGUCUGUGUGGACGAAAAUGAUGAACAAAAUCUUUUGCAUCAGCUGCUGAGCAAAGAUGAAACGUGGCAUGUGUUUGUAGUGCAAAAAUUCAGCUCAACAAAGGCUUCAGGACACCAGAAAUUCGUAGCUCUAAUUGACAAGUUAAUCCAAAAAAAUUGGAAUAGCUAGAGUUUUUGCUGGGUGUGGAAUGCCUAAUUCAUCUAUGCUCGAAAGAAGUCAAGAGAUUUGAAAGAAUGUUCUUAGGUCCAUUAUAUAUCCAGCAGAAGCAAUAAAUACUAUUUCUUUUGCAGAGUCUAAAAGCCAGCUUCUUGAAGUGCAGGCAGCUGCAGCUGGAGGCCAGGAGGAAAGUCUGAUAAUAGAUUAUAUGUUGAAGAUCUUGGGGUUGGAUGUAUGUAGUGAUACUAUUGUAGGGGAUGGAAUGCGGCGAGGUAUCUCGGCGGACAAAAGAAGAGAGUUACGACAGGAGAGAUGUUGGUUGGAGCAGCAAAAGUUCUAUUAAUGGAUGAAAUAUCUACUGGCUUGGAUAGCUCCACAACUUUUCAAAUUGUGAAAUCUAUCAGACAAUCUAUUCACAUUUUUAGUGGAACUGCAGUUAUCUCUUUGUUACAGCCAGCACCAGAGACUUAUGAACUUUUUGAUGACAUCAUUAUUUUAUCUGAUGGUCAAAUUGUCUACCAAGGACCACUUGAACAUGUUCUUGAAUUCUUUGAAUCUCUUGGUUUCAAAUGUCCUGAUAGGAAAACUGUUGCUAACUUCCUUCAA